AUGGAAACAAAUGUCUUGUCGGAGAUGUUCGGACGGAAGUUGUUCCGGACAGCGGUGUUGCCAUGGAGCGCCGCAACCUUCGCUGCGUGCACGAAGUGCAGGAGGUCUUACUCGCAGUGCAAUCCUGCAUCGCCCUCCGCGGGGAUACCAGUGGACUCCGAGCUGCACAGCUACUGGGAUAAACAUGACGGCAAGUCCUUCGAAGAAAGAAGCAUCGCCGGAGGGCGGAUGGCGGCGCUCAGGUGGGUAACAGAAAUUGCUCUGAAGCUUGCAGCCUUGAAGCCGGACCUUCUUCUGGUCGAUUUGGGUUGUGGCACGGGUUUGUUCGCCAAGCUGCUGGGACCCCUGAACAUUGUCGGAGUCGAUAUCUCCGAAGCACACCUUUGCUUGGCUGGCAAGCAUAUGAAGGUCUCAAAGGCAAGCUACUUGGAUUGGGUCCCUGAAGUUGGGUCAGCAGCGCCGGAUGUGGCUGUACACAACAACUCCAUUGAAGACUACGAGGAGGCAGUGAAGGGACGCUUCUUCAAGCAUGUCUACACUUGGCUGGCCCCUGGUGGGUAUUUUCUGUUUCAGGCGUACUCGCCCCGGGACGAGCCCAUGGGGAGAUGCAUCCGCGAGUGCUCGCCCAGCUUCGCAGCUCGCCACACAGUCCAUUUGUGCGACACAGGAGACUAUGUCACCCUUGCAGAGCGGGCUGGCUUCGAGGUCGUGUCAACAGAGCUGGUACACAGUGAGGGAGCCCGGGUCGCCACGGCCAGCAUCUCUGCCCGUUCUGGUCACAAGGCGGGCCCUUCGGGCCUCUACGGAGCCACGGAGCUGAGUUGGACAGCUUGGCGGCCACGACUUGGAUGUAAUCCGGGCAAAAAGAGCGAUGGACAGCUUGACAGGCCGAGAAAUGUGGUCUCCGCGAAUCGGGCACGCAGCCGACAUCCGUCGAUGUUGAAAUCCCGCAACAUGUUAUGCCUGACUCAAUCGUUCCACUGGCUUUCUACCUGGUCCGGAGCUGACCAGGUCUUUGCUAGGUUAGACCGUGGUGCUGGAGGUGAACCUGGUGUCUGGGUGGCAUGGAGGUCCACGGGUGCAGUUUCGCGCAUGUGCACGGUCCAACACUUAGCCUUCGCGAGGAACAUCCCACUGAUUGGCAGCGUAUAUAUUCCUUGCAACCGCUCUCUUCCAAUGCCGACGCCAUUCAGAGUGGGAGAUGCUGUGUACACGUGGAAUCUUUCGACGAAAAUGGUAGAUCAGAAAGGUCGUGUUAGCCAAAUUCUAAGCUCUCCGCUGGCGUAUGGCAAUACUGUUCUGCCACCUGGUUCCGUGGCUGUGACGUUCUCAGACGAGACGUCGACGCUAUGGAUCAGUGAAGAGCACGUAGGAGUCAUGCUGCGACGAGCUGAAGCUGAAAGGGAUGAGUCGGAAGAAGACCGACCAUCUGCAGAUGGAUGGCCCCAGGAUGCAAGCAAGCUCGGCGUCGGCGGCUACACUUCGCUGUCCUCCAUGCUCGGCGCCAUGUCCUCCUUCUUUGGGCUGGACAAAAAUGGCCUAGCCACGAAGCAGGAAGACCAGGAAGACUCGAAAGAAGAGUCGGAUGGGAAGGUGGCCUUUGCUGAGGGGGAUGUUGUGGAUGUUUGGAACUACGAUGCCAGUGCUUGGGAUUUCGGCGCUGUUGUGAGCCAAGUGCUCCAUGAGCCGCUGUCGCUGGGUGGUUCGAGUCUUCCAGCUGGAUCGAUCCUGAUCUCUCUCAACGGAGCGCUGAGGUGGCUUACCCCGGAUUUGAUCAGCUUGGUUGUGCGACGUUCGGAUGGUGUGCAACCAGCUGCCUCCUGUGAUUCGGAUGGUUCAAAUCCCAAGCAGAUCGUGGAUACUGCCUCCACUGAUGCAUCGCAGCCGGAUGACGAAGAUUUGGUGCACAAGUCGCUGUCAACAUCGACGGCGGCAAGCGGAAGACAGCCAGAUGUCGCACCAGAUGCUCCACCAAGUCCUGUGAAUGCCAGUGGUCCAAAGCCCUCGCAGUCAAGUGGCGAUGUGGCCGAUUUGGAUGAGGACCAAGCUCCGGUGACUCCAGCCACAAGCACAGGCUCACAGGGCUCUGGCAAGGCUGGGCCUUUGCCCACUCCACAGGCCACCGUGAUCGCAACCCUCAAGGUUCCGGAUACCAUGGGCCCAAGUGCUGAAUUCGAUGGCACGCCGGUCUCCAGCCGACACAGCUCCCCGCCGGUCAGCCCGAGAACAAAGGAUCAUAAGCCUACUCUCGAGGCUCCACCUGACUAUGAACGGAGCAAGCAGCGUGUCCUUGUCGUUGGCCCUGGUUUCGGUCGUGAGCUGAAUCCGCAGCAAGGCCAACUGCUGGAAUCAGCGGGCUUCCAGGUACGUUGGGUCUUCGACUUGCCGAAUCCGGAGUCGCCUUCCUUCCCGAUCCUGCAUUACUUGCCAGUGCUCAAGCAAGCCAUUGACGAGUUCGCUCCGCACUUGCUCGUUUGCGCCUCCAAAGGUGGCGCCUACGUCACUGCAGUCUGGCAGGCAGGUCUUUGGACCGGACCGACCUUAAUCAUCAACAGGCAUCCUACAUUGACCAGUCUACCCAAAGGCAGCCGCGUGGUAUUGGCGCACGGCUCCAAUGAUGAAUAUUAUCAGUACAGAAGAGAAGACCUUGAAGCACUCAUGCGCUCAGGAUCUAGCAACAGCUGCUUCUUGUACUACACUGCAAAUAGUGGAGUUCUUGGACGAGGGCAUACUCGCCUAGGCGACAAGCACAACAUGGAGUCGUUGAAACUCUGGGACACCCUGCCCCGUCUUUGUGAUGCUGCCAUGGCUCCAGAGUGCCCCGAGCUGACUAUCAUGAGAUCCUGGCGGUCCAUGCUGGCACAGGAGCGACUGGAUGCAGAGGAGUGGCUUGGCUACGUACCUGGCCUACGGACUCUCUGGCAGUCGGAGGACCAGAAAGGCAUGGAUGAUCAGAUACUUUUCGAGGUUCACAGCGAAUCCGAAGAGCAACGUGGCAAGCCAACCUAG